ACUCGGGUCAUGAAUCCGAGAUAAUUAGGAUUUGUUUUCCGAUCUAUGAAAAAUGUUAUUGAUUUCAUGUUUGAUAUGUGGUAGAAUUAAAAAUUUUGGGAACUUUUAAAGCUGGGGGUUUCUGAAAAUUUCAUCUCAAUUCAAUCAGAUCGAAAAAUUUAGUCGAAACUCGGUUGGGUUGGGACCAGGAUGCCGCUUAAAACUAUGGGUCUAACCAAUUGGUUCCAAAACAAAAUAGUUGAUCCUCUGCUUCUGAUUCUUCGCAGAGGUGCUGAGCCGAAACAGUUGGCUUUCUCUGCUGCUCUUGGCAUUACUUUGGGAAUAUUUCCUAUAUGCGGUGUCACUGUAUUCCUUUGUGGGGUGGCAAUUGCAUUGCUUCGAUCAUUUUGUCAUGCUCCGACUUUGAUGCUGGCAAACUUCAUUGCUACUCCAAUAGAAUUGAGUCUCAUUGUGCCUUUUUUACGGUUUGGUGAAGUCAUCUCUGGAGGACCUCAUUUCCCUUUAACAUCUGAUGCUUUAAAGAAAGUUCUAACUGGUCAAGCUUCUUAUGAAGUUUUCUCAAGCAUUGCCCAUGCAUUAUUAGGGUGGCUUGUGGCAGCGCCUUUUAUUCUGGGAACGCUUUACAUAGUGUUUAUACCAUGCUUCAAGAUCCUGGUUCGAAAGUUUGGCUCUGUUCCUUCAAGUCCAAAGACGGGCCAUCCAAGCUUAGAAGCCAAGCAAAAGUGAUUAAAGAACCAGAUCCGAUUAGACGAUUUUACCGAUCGGAUCGUCGAUCAAACUUGCUAGCGGCUCCGUUUGAACCAGAAAAGGCUUUCUUAUUUUUUUAAAACAAAUUUUAACUUUUUUGUUCUUUUAGAACAUUCAUAAGUUUAGUUGAUUCAUAGGGCUGAACAUAAAAAUUCCUUUAGUCGUUAUGCUAAUAAAUGUUAGUUGAAUUGAUAAAGCUAUAUUUUACAUUCAUAAUAGUAAUGUUUGAAUCCUACUAUUUUAUAUUCAUGACUUUAACUAAUAACAAUAGGUAAUUUCUAAUC